GUCUGCUGCUGCGGAGAUCAGCUGCGAGGAGCUUUUUCUCAAAAAUGCUCCCCAAACUUCAGGGCCUGGAUGAACCGGCAGGACCCGCCGCCCUCCGCUCGGUCAGAGGCCGGACUGUAACGGGCUCAGGUGUCAACUGAAAACGAUGCAGUCUGUGCCCAUGGAGGUGGGAAGCAGCAGCAGCGGCUCAGUGGUUCAGGUUUGCUUCCCCAGUGCUCAGACCUCGGUGCUGGACAGCCUGAACCGGCAGAGAGAGGAUGGCAGCCUCUGCGACCUCUCCAUCCACGUCCAGGGACAAGUGUUCAAGGCCCACCGCUGCGUCCUGGCUGCGUCCUCGCCCUACUUCCACGACCAGGUACUACUGAAGAACAUGUCCACGGUCUCCAUCCCAGCAGUGAUGGACCCGCUGGCGUUUGAGAGCGUGCUGAGCUGCGCCUACACGGGUCAGCUCCGGAUGCUCCGCGAUGACAUCGUCAACUACCUCACAGUGGGCAGCGUCCUACAGAUGUGGCACAUUGUGGACAAAUGCACGGAGCUGCUGAAGGAGGGCCGAGCCGCGGCGGCAGGAGGGAGCGGAGGAGGUGGAGGAGGUGGGGCUGUGCAGGAUGGAACGAGUGGAGCUGGAGGAUCAGCCAACUCCGGCUGUAGCAGCAGCAAUGGUGACGGUGGAGCAGGUGGUGGUAAUGGAGCUGCUGGUGCUGGAAGUGUUGGUCAAGUACAGGUUGGGGAGUCUAACGAACCCCCGCGAGCCUCCCAGCCUCCCAGCCGCCCGUCGGUGAGCGAGAGCCAAUCACCCAGCAGCACCAACUACUUCAGCCCCAGGGACGGGAGCAGCUUUGGGGGAGGUGGCGCGGCUGCAACGGGGGCUUCUGGGGAUGGAGGCGGGGCUAACAACACCCCCAGCUACUGCACUCCAUCAGGAGGCGAAGAAGCCUUCCUUAUUGAGGAGGAAGAUGAAGCCGAGGAGGAAGAGGAGGAGGUGCUAUACCAUCAAAGGAAACGAGGAAGCACAGGAGGAGGAGGCAGCGGGAGGAGGAAGAAGAUGAGCUCAGUGUCAGAGCAGGAGGUCGGGGUCAGCGACAGCUUUGGGGUUUCAUCCUAUCAGGAUGGAGAGGACUCUGCGUUACCGCUGCAGAAGCGUCCCACCUACAGCCAGCCCAGCAUCAUGCCUCGCAAGCAGUGGGUGGUGGUGAAAACCGAACGGAUGGAGGACGACGACCUGAUCGUGGUCUCCGGGGAGGAAGGAGGAGAAGACGAGGAGGACGAGGAUGAGAGGGAGAUGGAGCUGGCACGAGAGCGGGAAAGGAGCAACUUCAACAUCUCGAACGUCAGGAGCCUUUCAGGCGAACUCGGGGGCAGAGCGGACAACGACAUGGACUCACAGGUCGAUUACUGCCAGUCUUCAGAGGACUACCUCAAGUUUGAAGGAAGUCUCAUGGACCAAACUUUAGCGCAACACCUUCACGAUGGCGCUGCAGGUCAGAACCAGAACGCUAACCGGGCGGUUUCGGCGCUGCUGGGUCAGGUUCAGUCUGCAGCCUCGGCCCGGGCUCAGCUCUUCCCACUGGACAUGCAGGGAAACCAGAUCCUGCUGUACAGCCAGGCCUCUGGACUCCCGCUGGAUGCUAGCGCGCCGCCUCUGGGGAUGGCAGGUGGUAUGAUCGGAGGGUCAUCCUUCAAAGGUCCCAGUAUGGAGCAUGGUGCGGUUCACCUGUCGGUGCAGGGUGGUUUGGGGGUGGAUGGCGCAGAGAGCGGAGGAAUCGGAGGUGGAGGCGGCAGCAGUGGCGGCGGCUCUGGGGGUUCAGGGAAAGUGUUCAUGUGUCACUGCGGUAAGACGUUCACCCACAAGAGCAUGAGGGACCGCCACAUUAACAUGCACCUGGACCUGCGGCCCUUCCACUGCCCCGUCUGCGCCAAGAAGUUCAAGAUGAAGCAUCACCUCACCGAGCACAUGAAGACGCACACUGGCCUGAAGCCGUACGACUGCCUCGGCUGCGGCAAGAAGUUCAUGUGGCGCGACAGCUUCAUGAGGCACCGCUCGCACUGCGAGAGGCGUAGCGGGCUGGGAGAGAGCGGCGAAGGUGGAAGCGGCAGCGAUGGAGGGAGGAGAGGUGGAGGAGGAGGUGAGGAUGGUCCAGAUCUGAUUUCCUCCCCUCACCUCCUCCUGUCUGCAGGUGAGGGUGGGCAGGGAGGCAUCCUGGGAGGUGGAGCGAGGGGAGGAACGUCAGUGUUGUCCCCGCAGCACGGCGGCCUCUCAGCCGCAGGAAGUGGCGGUGGUAACAGCAGCAUGAGUAACAGCAGCAGUGCCGCUCUGAGCAACAACAUGGCCGCUGCUGCAGGGGCGCUCCUCGGGGCAGUCUCCCAGAGCCAGGGUCAGGGAUCUGUGAUGUUUGGCGGUCUGGGGUUGGGUCGGGGUGCGUGUGAGGAAGACGUGUGCGAGAUGAUGCUGCUGGUACCAGUUUGAAGCCCAGCCUGAGGAUUCAGCUCCGAGAAAACAAAGAGCCACAUGUAGCAUAUAGACUGUAUGUAGAAGAUGGACACAGCCACCAUGACAUGUUCUAGUUACUCCAACUACUGACUAUGGAACACACCAUAAAUGAGGAAAACGUAUGUAUAAAUAGGCUCAGAUUUCUGCUAGUUUGACUCAUAACAGACUAAUAAUUAAAGAUACUAGAAUUUCAAAACUGAAGCACAGACAUGUUGUACCUCAUAGUAAGAUAACUUAUUUAAUUCUCUCAUACUUCCAUUAAAAAUGCUUCACAAACACAGUUCACUCAGCAGAUGUGACGCCUGUAAGCUACAGUCAGUACCAUCAGUUUAGGGAGACACAUCCUAACUUUGGGCCUUUGUAAAAUCUAAUGAAGGGAGUUAUAUGGAGUACAGCUGCUAUGAAAAGGGAAAGUACUAAUAGAAGGCAAGAUAAUUUUGUACCAGGCUUUAAACAGCUGGGAGGAGGCCUCGGGGCAGAACCAGAUGAGCUGGAGAAGGUGACUGAACUCAGCUUAGACCCAGAUAGGCAGCAGAAAAUGGGUGGAUGGCCUUGACAUGUUUAUUCCUUCUUUGAAAUAACCUGUGUUUGCUUAAUUUUUCAUGCCCGGGCCCUUCCGUUUGGUAUAAAUGAUAAUUAAUAAUAAACUGUGCUCUUGCAUGGUCUGCAGAUCACCGGGCUCAGAGUGUCAAACACCUGCUGGCCUCAAAGUGAAGCAAACAUCAGCAAAUACGUAACAAAAUAAAAGCUUUGAAACAUCCAGCACAAACAGCAGUUACACCAUUAAAGUUUAGGUCUGUAGCAACAAAAUGCAAACUGGACUUUAAGCCUGUGUUGGAUUUACACGUGGUUCUUUAUUUUAGCUGAACCUUCAGUAGCGCCGUCACAAAGGGAAGCCUGUUGAUCUCAGUCAUGUAUGAAAGGAGGAAUAUUUCUUUAGGCUGCUCAUUUAUUGACGUGUGCAGCUCGAGCCUGACUCUCAAAGUGACUUUCAAACAUGUUCACGUGUGGAAGUUCAAAAGUCGAAGCUAAACUUAUUUCAGCUCUACACAAACACAAACACUACCUGUAACUGAUCACUUCCCCCUCUGGAGCUUUUAUAGCUGGAGGCGACUAACUUACUGUUUUGCUGCUGCUUUCACUUUAUUACUUUGUUGUUUGCAGAGUUUUUGCGCUUUGAAGAGUAUAAAAUAUUCUUAUUGCUGUAAAUAUAUAGAAAUAUACGUCAUCUACUCAUCAGGCCGGGAGCAAAGUCUAGAUGCUGUUUGAUCUGAUUUUUCAGAGGAGGAAGUCUGAGAGUUUCUCUACAAGGUUUCCUAAAAAUCCUCCUACCCAGCAGCCAUCUGUUCAGUAAUGUUUAGUUCACUGAGGUCUUAUCUAAGCUACACAGUGUACCUCGUCUGAGUGUCUGACAGCACAUUUAGAUAAAGUUAUGGAGGCGGGUGAAGACUGAACCUCAUCUUCAGCAGCUGUUCUGCACACUGAGAGUCAAAUAUCGUUUAUUUUGUUUGUUAUGAAGAGAGAUUUCUGUCCUUGGAUUUCCUUAUAUUUUUAUUAUUUUCACAUGUUUUCUGCUUCUUUUAGAUUUCUUUAAAGGUUCUUUGAGGAAAACGUGUUCCAGAAGUUUGUAAAUGCACCGAAUUUCUGAUGGUUUGAUGACCACAUUGUUCUCUGAGCUUGAUUGGUCAUUGAGCUCACCUGACCUAAGCAUUAAUGGAGAAUCAUGAAGAGAAAUAUGAGAAACACUCGACCCGAAAUACAGAUGAGCUGAAGCGCACAUCAAAGCAACCUGGGCUCCAAUAAUAAUCAUUACAGUUUGAAAACUUCCAAUAUUUGACUUUAUGUGUAAUGAAUCUGAACACAGAAAAUAUGAAAAUUUGAUGGUUGUGAUAUUCAAAUGUUCUUAGAUGCACGAGUACACAACAUGAUAAUGUUUUGUGACAGGCGCUUCUUUUGGAGUAGACGAUUAGAUUUUGGAGCAUAAUUCUAAAAAUGUUGAUGAGGGAACAGUGACAUCAUUGUUGUACUGCUUAACCCUUAAAGCUAACAGGCUAGCAGAUUGACAUAAAACAUAAUAAUAUAAGUUAUCAUUGAGCUUAUAGAGAGAAGCUGAUUUAUAUAUACUUUAUGUGUAGAAGAACCUAAUCAGGCAGACAUUAUUUAAAACUUAAAGCAAAGGUCUGCAGUUACUCAUGCUUUCAUUGUAUUUUUAAAAUAUUUUCCUCAGUGUGGUUUUUAAACUUUACUAACUGG